UAGUUUACCUUGAAGAAACCCAAAAUAAAAUGGAAGUCUACAUAUGUUGAAAAAGAUGCAUGGUCAUGGGGGCUAUGACUCUGAUUUUAGCGAUGAUGAACACUGUGGAGAAUCUAGCAAAAGGAGAAAAAGGACAGUUGAAGAUGAUUUACUGCUCAAAAAGCCAUUUCAGAAAGAAAAACAUGGAAAGGUGGCCCAUAAACAAGUUGCAGCAGAAUUGCUGGAUAGGGAAGAAGCAAGAAAUAGAAGGUUUCAUCUCAUAGCUAUGGAUGCUUAUCAAAGGCAUACAAAGUUUGUAAAUGACUAUAUUUUAUAUUAUGGUGGCAAAAAAGAAGACUUCAGACGUUUGGGGGAAAAUGACAAAACAGACUUCGAUGUUAUUCGAGAAAAUCAUAGAUUUCUGUGGAAUGAGGAGGAUGAAAUGGACAUGACUUGGGAGAAGAGACUUGCAAAGAAAUACUAUGAUAAAUUAUUCAAGGAAUAUUGCAUAGCAGAUCUUAGUAGAUACAAAGAAAACAAGUUUGGAUUUAGGUGGCGAGUAGAAAAAGAAGUAAUUUCAGGAAAAGGUCAAUUUUUCUGUGGAAAUAAGUGUUGUGAUGAAAAAGAAGGCUUAAAGAGUUGGGAAGUUAAUUUUGGUUAUAUUGAGCAUGGUGAAAAGAGAAAUGCCCUUGUUAAAUUAAGGUUAUGCCAAGAAUGUUCCUUUAAAUUAAAUUUUCAUCACAGGAGAAAAGAAAUCAAGACAAAAAAAAGAAAGGAUAAACCCAAAAAAGAUUGUGAAGAGUCAUCACAUAAAAAAUCCAGAUUAUUUUCUGCAGAAGACUCCAAGAAAAAGGAUAAAGGACAUUCAUCGUCAAAGAAAUUGGAAGAUUCUGUAAAUAGAAACUCUGAUGAGGAAGAAAGUGUUUCAGAAUCUGAACUUUGGAAGGGUCCACUACCAGAGACAGAUGAAAAAUCACAGGAAGAAGAAUUUGAUGAAUAUUUUCAGGAUUUGUUUCUGUGAGACAGGAAAGAGAAGACUACUUAGAGCUUGUCUCAGAUACAAUCAUGCAAAUGUGGAUAUAUACUUAUAUGCAGGGAUGUACUAAAAUAUAACUUCUUAACUUCGAGUCGUCCUCUCAAGGGUUCAUGGAUGUGCUUCAGGAGAUCCAAGCCCUCCUUGACUCUAUAUGUAAACUUCUGUGUCCACGUAUGUCUUUUGGGGAAUGGAUCCAUAAGUUUCAAAUUUUCACAAAUCAAAUUUUCAAAUUUUCACAAAUCAAAUUUAUUGAUUUUUUUUAAAAAAGGUAAAGACCCACUUUUAUAAAGAGCAAAUAGAUGGAUAGAUAAAGGAGAAGAUGCCUGACUUGGUGAAUAAGAAAGAGGACAUGUAGAAAACGAUCUUAGCAUACCAAAUUAUUUUAUUGAAGAUAAACUGUUUUAAAUGACAUUUAAACAUGGAAUGAUUGGCAUUAAACUACAAAAUAAGUAAUUUAUUUAGUGUCUUAUUUUUAAAAACCAGAAAUUUUUCUUUUAUUGAAUAUUUGUUCAUUAAUUUCACAAAUAUUUAUCAGGCUUCUAUCAUGUGUGAGGCACUGUGCUGGGCCUUGCUAUAGAGGAACCAUCUAGGAAAUAAUUAUAUAAUCAUUUCAGAACUUCUAUCAGAAAACACUAAAUCAGUGUUGGAUUUAUUAAUGUUAAACAGUGUUUGAAAGUCUCUUCAUUCCUUGAAGAAAUUGUUUUUUUCCAUCUAACUCCUUAUAGUGAAUAAAAAGGAAUCUUGAGUUAUGAGGAAAAAGUAUUUGAAAUAUCCAGCAGCAAAAUUGAUAUUAGUGGUAGAAUAUAUGUAGUUAAACAUUCUUAUGAUAAAAAUAUAUUAAUAGUUUAGUGGUCAUCAGAAAAUAAAAUUCCUGCAAAAUUAAAUGAUAACUAGGAAGAAUAUAUAAAGACCCUUUAAAAAUAGAUCCGUGUGUUUGCUAUUGCAAAUAUGGUUAAUGACAUCAAGUUCAUUUACAAAUUUAGAUCAUUAUAUAAAAUCACAGCUCUUAAUCCAUUCAUACCUGAUGACAGAUAAUGGGAGUCAUAUUUUUAAGGAGUCUUUGAAAUGGCCUCUAAGAUGAUGAGUUUAAAGAUUAAUUCUCUUGCAUACCUAUCUCAGACUUUGUUAUAGUAUAGUCAGUGGUGGUCCGCAGACCAUUGGUCUGGGGGUUUGAAGUCCUGCUUUCUUAUACUUGCUUUUAAGCAAAGUUCAUGUAUUUGGCAAACCUUUAUUGGUGACACGUUUCUACCCUCAAUUCAAUUUCUGUGACUGAAGAGGGGAAGUUGUCUGAACUGAUUGGUAUUUGGGGGUCCAGAAUUAUGUAAAUCUUAAAGGAAUAGAGUUUUCUAUGUGGUUUCUAAAAUAAUAGUGAUCGUAGAAGUUUCAAAAUUAUUUGAAGCAAUAGAAAUAAUGGAAUGUGUGCAUCACUUACCAGAGAUGAUGACUUUAAUAAAACACUCAUUUGAGUGUAAGAUGAUGACUUUAAUAAACAACGCUCAUUUGAGUGUA